CUGCCUGUCCUGCCUAUCUGUCCUGCUCAUCCCUCCCAUCCUGUCCGUCCUGUCUCGACUCCGUCCGUCCAUCCCGUCCCGUCCCGUCCCGUCCGUCCUGCGUACCCCGUUCCGACCGCUGCCCGCUCCCCGCAGGACCUGCAGGCCCAGGACCGCGCUCACCGCAUCGGGCAGCAGAACGAGGUGCGCGUCCUCCGCCUCUGCACCGUCAACAGCGUGGAGGAGAAGAUCCUGGCGGCCGCCAAGUACAAGCUGAACGUGGACCAGAAAGUCAUCCAGGCCGGCAUGUUCGACCAGAAAUCGUCCAGCCACGAGCGCCGUGCCUUCCUGCAGGCCAUCCUGGAGCACGAGGAGCAGGACGAGAGCAGAUCCGGCGCGGGCAGCGGCGGUGGCGGUGCAAGCUUCCCCCACACUGCCUCCACCCUGUGCCUGACCGCUGAGCCGGAGGAACCACCUCUAAAGGAGGAGGACGAGGUCCCCGACGACGAGACGGUGAACCAGAUGAUCGCGCGGCACGAGGAGGAGUUCGACCUCUUCAUGGUGAGCGGAGGGCGGGCCGGCGCGGGGCAGCGCGGCCGAACGUUGGCGGUCGGAGAUGGGAGGGCUCCGCCUGUUGGUGGUGAAUGGCUGGAGGGCUCCGCCUGUUGGCGGUCGGAGCUGGGGGGUUCAUGGUGAGGGGUUCUGCCUGUUGGUGGUGAAUGUCUAGAGGGCUCCGCCUGUUGGUGGUGAGAGCUGGGAGGUUCGUGGUGAGGGGUUCUACCUGUUGGUGGUGAAUGGCUGGAGGGCUCUGCCUGUUGGCAGUCAGAGCUGAGAGGGCUCCGCCUGUUGGUGGUGAAUGCAUGGAGGGCUCUGCCUGUUGGUGGUCAGAGUUGGGAGGGCUCUGCCUGUUGGUGGUGAAUGCCUGGAGGGCUCCGCCUGUUGGUGGUGAGAGCUGGGAGGUUCAUGGUGAGGGGUUCUACCUGUUGGUGGUGAAUGCCUGGAGGGCUCUGCCUGUUGGCGGUCAGAGCUGGGAGGGCUCCGCCUGUUGGUGGUGAGAGCUGGGAGGUUCGUGGUGAACGCUGCCGCCUGUUGGCGGUCGGAGCUGAGAGGGCUCCGCCUGUUGGUGGUCGGAGCUGGGGGGUUCAUGGUGAGGGGUUCUACCUGUUGGUGAUGAAUGCCUGGAGGGCUCUGCCUGUUGGUGGUGAAUGCCUGGAGAGCUCCGCCUGUUGGUGGUGGGAGCUGGGAGGUUCGUGGUGAGGGGUUCUACCUGUUGGUGGUGAGAGCUUGGAGGGCUCCGCCUGUUGGUGGUGAAUGCCUGGAGGGCUCCGCCUGUUGGUGGUCGGAGCUGGGAGGGCUUUGCCUGUUGGUGGUGAGAGCUGGGAGGUUCGUGGUGAACGCUGCCGCCUGUUGGUGGUGAGAGCUGGGAGGGCUCCGCCUGUUGGUGGUCGGAGCUGGGAGGGUUCUGCCUGUUGGUGAUGAAUGGCUGGAGGACUCUGCCUGUUGGCGGUCGGAGCCAGGAGGGCUCCGCCUGUUGGUGGUCGGAGCUGGGAGGUUCGUGGUGAGGGGUUCCGCCUGUUGGUGGUGAAUGCCUGGAGGGCUCUGCCUGUUGGUGGUGAGAGCUGGGAGGUUUGGGGUGAGGGGUUCCGCCUGUUGGUGGCUGGAGCUGAGAGGUUCAUGGUGAGCGC